CCUCCCUUAUCCAUUCAUUCCCUGGCUCGGUCAACACCCCCUCCAGUUGCAGGAGCCCCCGGCCCCGCCCUGGAGGCACACUCGGCGAGGAGCAGAGCCGGCUGUCGCCCCUGGGUGCACGGGUGCAGGUGCUGUUUUUCACCUUAAUGUUUUGACCGAGGAUGAAAUUAUUUAAAAGUUAAGAUGCCAACAGAUCACGAAGAGCCCUGCGGUUCCAAUCACAGAUCGUUUUGCCUGAAUGGGGGCAUUUGUUACGUCAUACCUACUAUCCCCAGCCCAUUUUGUAGGUGCAUUGAAAAUUAUACAGGAGCUCGCUGUGAAGAGGUUUUUCUCCCGAGUGCCAGCAUCCAAACCAAAAGCCACCUGUUUGCAGCUCUUGUGGCAGUGGCCGUUCUGGUAACACUUACCAUCGGAGCCCUGUACUGCCUCUGCAGGAAGGGCCCCUUUCAGAGGACCAGUACAGCCCAAUAUGACGUCAGCAUGGUGGAGACCAGCAGUCCCACUGUCCGCCGUGGAAAUCUUCAGGAGAGUAGAAAGGAAAUUGAUGGGAUAAGAGAAAAUCUUCAGAUCACAUGUUAUGAUCAAGGACUUGAACCUCAAACAUUUGAAGAACACUUGCAGCUCAGUACUUAAAAUACAAAUCAAUUUUU